UUUCAAUCAGUAGAUGCCGUUUUAUCCCGAAGUGCGACAUUACCGUGCGAUAUAGAACCGGACGUAAAAGAAGAUCGGGUUUAUAUGGUGUUAUGGUAUCGUGAUGGCCACAGCAAACCAAUAUAUAGUUUCGAUGUUAGAGGCAGGGCGUUCAAUAAAGCGCUUCACUGGUCUGAUUCGAAGAUAUUUGGACCUCGAGCUUAUUUCGUCACUGUUUCCAAACCUGCAGCCUUAACACUUGAUGGCGUUCAAUUGGACGAUGAAGGGGUUUACAGGUGUAGAGUGGAUUUUAAAGUGUCCCCGACCCGGAAUUUUGCAAUUAACUUAACCGUUAUAGUUCCUCCACACCAACUUCUUAUAUACGACAAUUCCGGUAGAGACGUAAAUCAUACCGUGGGUCCCUUAGAAGAAAAAACGGAUCUGAUCUUGACAUGUGAGGUUAGAGGAGGUCGACCUACUCCGACAGUCUCCUGGUUCAUGAACGAGAGGUUGAUCGAAGGCCACGUAGAAGAGAUAGGAAAUCACAUGAUGGUAAAUAAGUUGAAAAUCGCCGGGGUGACAAGAGAUCAUCUCAAUUCGAGUUACAAGUGCCAGGCCAGUAACACCAAGCUGAUGAUGCCGUCAGAAAAGACGGUUCGACUUGAAUUGCUGUUGCGGCCGCUGUCUGUGGAAAUAAUUAAUAAACCAAGGCAAUUGAUAGCCAAUGAAGAAAUUUCCAUACAGUGCGAAGUAGAAGGCUCAAGACCGAAAGCUUUAGUCACAUGGAGUAGAGAUAACAGACCAUUUCGAAGAGGUCGAGUCAUCGCACAAGAAAAUGAAACGUCUGUAAUAACUACGAUAUCCUUCGUACCAGUUCCUGAAGACGAUAACAGUAUUUUCAAAUGCGUAGGUGAAAAUCCGAAGCUCAGUGGUGUGGGUUUAGAGGACUCGUUCAAGCUUAAUGUUGUCUAUCCUCCGCAAGUGGUUCUUCAUCUGGGUAAUACUCUAAAUCCAGAAGACAUAAAAGAGGGAGACGACGUUUACUUCGAGUGCAGCAUCAAAGCAAAUCCCAAACAGCACAGAAUCUUAUGGUAUCACGAAGGUCUUCCAGUAAAUCAAAAUAUGUCGUCGGGCAUUAUAAUCAGUACUCACAGUUUAGUUCUACAAAAAGUUACUAGAUAUCAGAGUGGUUCAUAUACAUGUCUAGCCGCAAAUCCUAGAGGAGAAACCAUGAGCGAUCCUGUGAAUUUAAGGGUUCGAUACGCCCCUGUGUGCAGUAAAGACUCAGAAAUCACCAUCAUCGGAGCAUCUCUGGACGAAGUAAUCAAAGUUAGAUGUCAGGUAUCAGCUGACCCGGCAGAUGUCAGUUUCUUGUGGCAAUUUAAUAACAGCGGUGAAAGUUUUGAUGUUUCUCCCGCUCGAUUUGCCACCUCAAGUGGUAACGUCAGCGAACUAAUGUAUACACCGGCAUCUCAAAGAGACUAUGGAACACUUACCUGUCUGGGAUCAAAUAAGAUUGGUAGACAGGUGGAGCCAUGUAUAUUCCAGGUGGUACCCGCUUCAAAACCUACGUCUCUAACUAACUGCACCCUUCGAACCGUCAACAAUCAAACGUCAGAAACAGUUGAAGUGGAAUGCAGAGCUGGCUACGAUGGAGGUCUUCCGCAACGUUUCGUCCUAGAAGCAUACGAUGCACACACUAUGAGGUUAAGACUGAACCAAACAUUAAGCGAAACUGAUGUUCCGGUAUUUAGGCUAGACAUUGGGGAGAUGUUGCCAUCACCACCAUCUUUAAGGAUAAUUGUAUACGCCGAAAACGCUAAAGGGAAAAGUGAAAAAGUAGUUAUGGAUGACAUUUUACUCAACGAUGCUGAGAAAAGAACAGAUGGUAGCACUAACGUAAGCUUAGUACCCUUAGCUGGAUUAUUAACGGGGUCUCUCCUAACUUUGGGCUUAGCAGUUUUGGUGAUAGUAGUUGUAGCAGUUCGACGAAAAAGAGAAUGUGAUGGAAGGAUGCACUGUCCACACCAUUUAAAUAUCGAUGCUUCGAAACAAAACGCAAAAUCCCGACAAAGCUCCAUGCUGGAGAUCAACACGGGGGACAAUAGGUACGUCGUGGCCUACACCUUAAAACCAGCAUCCGACUGUGCUCCGUCACCAAUUCAACAGACGACAAUGUCACCAUCGGAUCCUUACAGACAACCAGAUAUAUUGAACACACCAAGAGGUACCGAAUCAACACAAAGCACUCUACCUCGACCAGAGCGCCUCUACACUAGUUUAGAUGGAAACAGUCGGCAUCAGCUUAACUGUACUCCAUCAAUAUCUAUCGCAAAUAAACAGUCUCCCGUUCAACCAUCAGAACUUUCCACCAAUACUUUGGGUAGAAGCCGACCAAGGCCCAGAGAUCCAUCGUACACAAAUUUUACAACUAUGAGACGAGACCACAUUAUAGCUGACUCAAUUCCAGGACCUGAGAGUUGUGUUUAAACAAAAAACAUUAAAUAAAUUACGAAGUGAAGCUGAGUUUGCAUCUCCACAAACAAUGUGAACAUUAUCAUUUGAUAUAAUUUCUAAAUAUUUAUUUGCGUAUUACAUUAUAUGCGUAUACCGUAUACCUAAUUUAUACCUUGUAUAGUUGCUACAUGCCACGUUUUAUCACACCUUUUUAUGUCGUUUGACAUAGAGGAAAGGCACCAAAUUUGAGACACUUUUUUUGAAAAACAAAUAUAAAACAGAAUAUUCAAAAAUGUUAAAACAUUUAUUUCGAAAACUUAAAAUUAGUGUUUCUACAAUACAACAAAAAAUAAAUAAAUCGAAUAAGACAUAUAUUUUUGCAAAAAAAAUACAUCUAAUUUUUUUGCGACAUUUAAUAUUAAAAAUAAAAGGUCGCUUAAUUUGAGAUAGCCAGGUAUCCAAAUUUGAGACAGGUACCCCAAUUUGAGAUACUAUUCAAAAAAGCCCUUUCCUUCGCAGAAAAGACAAAUAAAUGUGCUGGACUUUAUUUCUCCACAGUCUUCAUGUGCCCACCUGCCACACUGGUCACAUUGGUAACACUUAGCCCAUCGUUCUCCAUAUUUAUCGUCGGAAAAUUUUCCGGUGCAAAAUAGACAUUCCGCGUCGUUCUCUCCACUUUCGUCAGACGAUGAAUCAGCUAAUGGAAAGUCUUCGCUGCUAUCUGAACUUGAACUCGAAGAAACUUUCCGUUUCCUUCUUGAUGUUUUGCCUUUUGAUGUAGAAGGUUGACCUGCGUCUUCGUGUACUGCUAUUUCUUCUUCGGAUGUUGCUGUUUUUUCUGAUCUAACACUUUUUGUUGAACUGCUUUUUUCUGGAGCUAAUACACAAUCCAAGUUUAGCUGGGGUACUAGUUUUUUUGCUUUUUUCUUCUGCAAACUCUGCUCUAAUUCUUCUUUGUAGGGUGUUAGAGUAAUUACUGAAGCCUUUCCUGAUCUGGCAUGUGGCUUUUUAGUGGUGUCUCUCUUGUAUAAAGGGAUCGGACAGAUGUCUUUCGGAGACACAAGCUGUUGAUGAGGUAGUGGUUGACUAGGAGUUCUAUGUUCUCGCAUU